UCUUCUAAAAACACACUGGGCGCUUCUUGUAAGGUUACCGCCGGAGAUCUGACACACACUCUUUCAAAAAGACAUACAAACACAAACUCAUCAGGGGGAGACGAACCAGCUGAGAUUUGUUUUCAAACUGUCCCCCGAUGGCUGCGUGACAGGUCCACUGAACGCGCAAGAAGACGCACACGGUUCCCGGAUUUGGACUGCUUCACGCAUCUCUUUCCCUGUCUUGAGUCGUUUUUUAUUAUCGUGUGUUGGGAACUCCGUUCAAUCAUGGAUACCUACAGCUCCUUCACCGCUCUACUUUUACUUCUGGCUUCGUUAAAUAGUGUGUCAACCGUGCAGUUCCCGUCGCCACUUCUGAUAAAGGAAUGGGUGGAGCAGAUGCAACAGGAGCUGGUCACACUGACGGACACAGCCAGCGGAGUGCAGAACCUCAUACAGAUCUUCCAGAGCCACAGGAAGUACUUCAGUGUGGGGUCCAACGAUGCCAGCCAGCUGGUGGCUAAUGCAGCAGGGAACAUUGAGAAUCUCCUGGCCAACCGUUCUCGUGCUCUCAAGAUGCUGUCCCUUAGCCAGCCCUGCACGUUGACACACCACAGUGCCCCCCAGAUGCUGUCCCUUAGCCAGCCCUGCACGUUGACACACCACAGUGCCCCCCAGAUGCUGUCCCUUAGCCAGCCCUGCACGUUGACACCACAGUGCCCCCCAGAUGCUGUCCCUUAG